AUGAAAGAGGUGCGAUCAACAAGAGGGAUCAGCUGGUGGGAUGAGAAGAUGCUUCCGUCUGCUCGAGGGUGCCUGCGAGCGGAGGAGCAAGGAAAUGACCUGCUGGGCGUUGCCUGCAUUUGCGGAUCUUCUGCCUCUUCAACGGUUGUGUCUUGUGCUCGUGGCCGUGCCAGCUUCUGGGUUCGAGCCAGGACUCGAGCGAUUGUGCAACGAUCUCAGAGUCGGGCUUUUGCCAAAGGGAGGAAGCAAAAAGGAGGAUGA